CGUUCGAAAACUUCAGCAGAAUUUUCACUUGUAAAACAGAUUCUUUACAGGCUAAAAAUCUUUGCAUUGCAUAAAACAGGUAAUCAUAAACGCCGUGAAGAUAUUUUUAAGUGCUGUCAUCGAAAAUUUUGCGCUGCCGGUCGUGGUUGUUGACUUUAACACGAGAACUUGGAAUUAAGAAAUUUCCACCCUUUCAUCAGCAAAGAAAAAGCUCCUAAUUGCAAUCAACAGCUCUAAAUAAUGGCUGAGAACUGUACUAGCGAGAGUUUGCAUACUCAAGAUCAAGUAGUGGGCGCAUCUGGCUCUUCGUGCGACGAGAAGACAGCACUUGAGUACGAAUCCAGAACAUUGAGAUCAGACGUUACAACCGACUACCAAACGACUAGACGUCUUGAUCUGAGGUCGAAGGGACAUUUCAAAGGAGGUGAGAUUUCUACGAACGAUGGCAACUCACUGUUUCCCAGUGAUGAUUCCAGCGCCAAACAAGAUUGUCAAAAUAUCCCACUUGAAAAGACAAAAGCUGUGUGCUUUACUAUAGAAAUUGAUAAUAACACCUGUACCAGGAGGCCUCCUAAGAGGUUGCUUGCAAAGUCAAGGCACCACAAGAAUACAACUACUACACUUGAGUCCCUUAAUGACAAACAAAUACAAGCAGAGAAACGGAGAAAGCAACAGAGACAAGAGAAGCUUCAAAGGAUCCAAGAAAGACAAGAAGCAGCUAGAAAACUCGCUGAAAAUGUUGAUAUUCUACUGCAGCAAAGAGCACUUGCAAUGGGAGUUUUGGAUAACAAUGUAAAGCAAUUACCUUCAAGACAACUUAUGGUCACUGCUAAUGAAGUUGCAAAACAUUUUARAGACCUCACAAAACAGCUGAGCAAUGAUUUAACUCUAAAAGAGAGAUUGGAUUUAUCCAUCAAAGAAAGAAUGGAAGGACUCAAGUUGGAGAAAUCAACUUUUCCCAAGAUGAAAUUAAAGCCAGCAAAAACAAAAGAUCCCUUGCAAGAUGGUAAAAGUGCUUCAACAAAUGUUUCCUUCACUGUUGACGUUGGCAUGUCAAAUGAGGUUCAGAAAAAAUCCAYGARACCUGUUUUAUCAGGUAAACAGAAAAAAGAAUUAACAACAGAAGACUUGGAUGAAAAGCAAAGAAAAGCUGAAGAAAGGAGAAAUGAAAGGAAGGAGAGAAGGGUUAAAAGAGUACAAGAAAACCGUGAGGCUCUCAUGAAAAUGGCCAAGGACAUAGAAAGGUUUGAGAGUUUAAAACAAACAAUGGAAUCUACUCAGGUCAGCCCAAAACAAGUAAAGGAGACAGCUCUCUUGGCAGACAAAAUUGCUGAUGGAUUUGACAGGUUAAGUAAGCGCUACAAUGAGGAUCUUAAAAGAGCUGAGAACUUCUUCAUUGAGCAGCCUUUUGUCAUGGGUCCAUAACAUCUUCUUAUGAUUAGAUGACAGAUUUUGUUACAGUUUUUAACAUACUUAAGUUUGAAUUUGUCCAAAAUAAACUGUGUGAUGCAGUGUUUCUUUGGUUUCACUUUAUGUAUGAUAUGCAAAAGUUGGAGUGUCAAUGAAUUCAAAUUAAUUUAUAAGUUACAAUGAAUGAGACUGUACAUAUGUACACUCAAUAAAAUUAGCUAAAUGUUUUCACACCUAAUGGUCAUAUUUACCAUGUCUUGUGGCCUUGAUCUGAACAUGAUCAAGCAGUAAUGUUUUAGUCUAAUAGACCUCUGAAGCUUUUACGUCAUGUACCGUAUACACAAUGCAUUGUAGGAUAUGUUUGGGACAGAACAUGGCGGAUUUCUUUUGUUUUCUCUAGAAACUGAUCCCACAAUGCAUUGAAAAUUAAAUAGUGAUGUAAAAGGUUCAGAGGUCUAUUGCCACUGUUUUUGUGUCAGUCUUACCAUAGGGUGGGAUAGGAAGCCCAACAUGAAAACGGGUGCAAUGCAACUAGCAAAUAUGUAUUAAUAUAUUACUUUUUUGUGUGGAAAGGGAUUUGGAUGUAAAUAGUGUUUCAAUUUUGUAAUAAAUGAAUUGAAGUCAA